CCCACGACCCCUCCCAUCCUGCCCCUUGUGCAGCCCCAUUCCUCCAGCCCCAGGAAUGUUCGGUGCUGCCAGAAGAGCCCCCACCGCCACCACCACACACACACACACACAAAAUUAAAUAACACCGAGAGAGAGAGAAGAGAGGGAGGGGGGAGGAGGGAGGAAAGGCCGAGAGAGAAGAGAGAGGCAGAAAAGGAGAAGAGGCAGGAGAGGAGGAGGGGAGAGAGAGGGAAGCUUGAGACUAGCAGGGAGAGGGAGAAAGGGAGGAGGUGAAGAAGGAGAGGAGAGAGGGCAGGCAGGAGCAGAGAAGGGAGAGGAAGAGGUGAUGGGCAGCAGGAUGGAGACAUGGAGUUAGGUGGCUUGGGAGAGCUUAAUGAAAAGAGAACCAGGAGGGGGGUGUGGAUUUGAAACCGAGAGGUAACUCGGGGGAGAGGCAGAAGGCAGAGAGGAGUAGGCAGGCAGAUCAGGAGGUGGAAGGAGGCGGGAGGGUUUGGAGGAAAGAGGAGGAGAGGAAGGAGGAGAGGCACAGAGAGAGGGGAGAGGAGUGGGUUUGGGGGGUCUUCAUCCCUGGCUGCUUUGGGAUUUGGGGAACUGGGACUCCCCGUGGGGAGGAGAGGAAGGUCGGAAGUCCUGGAGCGAGAGGGUCCCAGAAAGAGGGGACAGAGGAGCUGAGAGAGGAGGAGCCAGGAGAUUGGGAAGGGGACCCUCGAAGGCUUUCCCGGGGAUGGAGGGUGCCACUCGCCUGAGCGCCCCUCGAGCGCUGGUACUCUGGGCCGCACUCGGGGCGGCAGCUCACAUCGGACCAGCACCUGACCCCGAGGACUGGUGGAGCUACAAGGAUAAUCUCCAGGGAAACUUCGUGCCAGGGCCUCCCUUCUGGGGCCUGGUGAAUGCAGCCUGGAGUUUGUGUGCCGUGGGCAAGCGGCAGAGCCCUGUGGAUGUGGAGCUGAAGAGGGUCCUUUAUGACCCCUUUCUGCCCCCCUUGAGGCUCAGCACUGGGGGAGAGAAGCUCCGGGGAACUCUGUACAACACGGGCCGCCACGUCUCCUUCCUGCCUGCACCCCGGCCUGUGGUCAAUGUGUCUGGAGGUCCCCUCCUUUAUAGCCACCGACUCAGUGAACUGCGGCUGCUUUUUGGGGCGCGGGAUGGAGCUGGCUCUGAACACCAGAUCAACCAUCAGGGCUUCUCUGCUGAGGUGCAGCUCAUCCACUUCAAUCAGGAACUCUACGGGAACCUCAGUGCCGCCUCCAGAGGCCCCAAUGGCCUGGCCAUCCUCAGCCUCUUUGUCAAUGUGGCCGGCAGCUCAAACCAAUUCCUCAGCCGCCUUCUCAACCGCGACACCAUCACUCGCAUUUCCUACAAGAAUGAUGCCUACUUUCUUCAAGACCUGAGCCUGGAGCUCCUAUUCCCUGAAUCCUUCGGCUUCAUUACCUAUCAGGGCUCUCUCAGCACCCCGCCCUGCUCGGAGACUGUCACCUGGAUUUUGAUUGACAGGGCCCUCAAUAUCACCUCCCUUCAGAUGCACUCCCUGAGACUCCUGAGCCAGAAUCCUCCAUCCCAGAUCUUCCAGAGCCUCAGCGGUAACGGCCGGCCCCUGCAGCCCUUGGCCCACAGGGCCUUGAGGGGCAACAGGGACCCCCGGCACCCCGAGAGGCGCUGCCGAGGCCCCAACUACCGCCUGCAUGGUAUGGUCCAAUCUGCACCCCCUCCACGCCUUGGUCUAACCCGCCUAUGUGUUCCCUUGAUGUCUCAAUAUGGCACAGCCCUACCCCCUUUUUCUGUGAGCGCUCAUUCUCCUCCCUCUGUGUCAACUUGGUACAGUCCACCUCCCCGCCUCCUUAGACCAUUGGUGGUCCAUGAUUUGUUUUUCCUCUUCAUUGCUUUGCAACUCGGUAUAUAACCCGAGCUCCCUGGCUUCCGUGUAGAACAAUUAACGACUGGUCCAUGUUACGGUACUUCUAUCCCUAUAGCUUAACAACAUGGUACAGACCUCCCUGUUUCCAUGUGGUAUAACCCGAGUUUCACUGCUCCCACAUCGAGAUUCAAGUUGGUACAAUUCUUUGCCCUUCCUACUGCUUCCCUGUGAUCUAACGGCCACUCUCUGGUUUAUCAACAUGGUACAGCCCAGAUCCCACUCCCCCCACCAAUACCUUCAUGUAGUUCAGUCUAAUGCUGAAGCUGGAUGUCCCUAUUACACCCUCCUGCUUCCUCCUUAUGGUUCAGCCCAGUGGUGGUCCAGCUUCCGGAGCUUCUCAGCCUAGUACAUUCCGGCUCCCCCUCGGAGCCUCCCAGUGGUAGAGCCCGGCGCGUCUUUGCCCUCACCACCUCCACUCACUCCCCUAACCAAAAAAAAAAAAAAAAACCCCAAACCCAC